ACAACUGACAUUUGCCGCGAACGCCGGUUUGUGUUUGUUAAAAUAGCUAAUUUGUUGAACAAAACGUCCCUUACUGCCAGCGGUGAAUUCCAGUUUGUUGUGCAAAACAAGUAUAAUGAGCAAUGCAUAAUCUGCCACACCAAAGUGUCGCCGAGCCCGGUCACCUGCUUUGGCAAGAAAUCGUAUAACUAUCACUGGGUGACGCCUGCCAAGUGGGAUUUGAUUGAGAGUAGCUUGCGGGACCUGCUCGAUAUGGUGGGGGAGCAGCCUGUUCGGAAAUUGCAUGCGGAAUUCCACACUGGUAGCAUCCAAAUGCGAGUGGACUCCACCAAAUAUGAGGAUUCAUAUUCCCAUGAUCAUUUGCCAGGUAUGACCCCAUUGAAAGAUGAUUUGUAUCUCAAUAUGCAGCUGGAAUAUAUUGACGAUAUGGACAGCUCCAGCUCCAGCUUCAGCAGUCCAGAAGCCUCACCAACCGAAAGCGACCACGAGGAGCGCAAACGCCGCCUAAACCCACGAGUAUGAAUAAGAAGAAGCCCCCAAAUGCAACAGGAUUUGAUCUGAACUUUUGUGACAUCCUGCGGCACUUCCAAAAUUUCAAAGUAGUUUUCUCCAC